AUGACAGAGACAUUUUCAUCCGUGCCGAUCGUCGACUUCGCUCGGCUCAAUGACCCUGUGACGAAAGAUGAGGAGCUCUCAAAUUUGCGUGAAGCCAUCUUCAUCGUUGGGUUCCUAUAUUUGACCAACACAGGAUUGGAGAGCCUAAUUCACCAUACCCAUGAAAAUCUACCUAAGCUAUUUGAGCUGUCGGCAGAGGCCAAGGAGAAAUGCAAUAUGAUCAACUCGCCAUCUUUUCUUGGCUAUACUCGCCUCGGUGCCGAGACCACUGCGACAAAAACAGAUCUCCGUGAAUACCCAGAUUGCCCAGGGGCUCAAGAUCUGGUCGAAGAAUACAUCGCAAAGACUGAUAGCCUGGCGCAGGCAUUCGUACGUCUCGUCGCAGAAUGCUUGUCCCUUCCACGGGAGACAUUUGAUGGCUUCAAGGGUAAUAUGAGCCGGCUGAAGUUUGUGAAAUACCCACCGGCAGCGCGAAACUCCCAGGGUGUCGGCCCUCACAAGGACUCGGCGGGUCUUUUUACUUUCCUGUCCCAGGACAACACAGGAGGACUACAGGUACUCAAUAAGAAGGGGGAAUGGAUCGAUGUGCCUCCUAUCGAGGGGAGUCUUGUUGUAAAUAUCCAACAGGGAUUCGAAGCCAUCACUGGAGGGAUUUGCGCAGCCACAACACACCGAGUUAUCGCGCCCACUUCUCAGACGCGUUAUAGUAUUCCGUUCUUCCAGGGCGUGAGACUAGACUUGACGCUAGACCAGCUCAAGGAAUCCGCCGCUCACAUCGUGCAACGCAUUCCGGCCUCCGAGGACAAGAAGAAACGGGCAGUUGAUGUACCGAGUGAAUUCCUUUCUCCUUUAUAUUCUUGCGUGAGUGAUUCUGGUUUAAGGAUCUCCUGCAUGGGACUGACCAAUCGCAGUUCGGCGAGGCUCACUUGA